CGUUCUUCACUUCCUACGAGUUUCUUUGAUCUUCAACACCCUUCGACGAACUCGGCGCGCUUCAACCAUGGCAAAAGGUGUCGCUAUCAAGAGUGGCACAGUGCCUGCACACCUGUGCGAAGCAAUGAAGCAGCCGCCCAAAACGAAAGACGUCCUCAGUCAGAUUGGUGACUUUCUGAAAGAAUUGGGUUACACAGAGAGUCUCAAGGCACUCAAAAGUGAGGCGAAGAAGAACGGGAAUGCCAUCGACAUCCAAGCCUGGUCUCAACUUCAGACACAAGAUAAGAAGAAUGGAGCUUCUGGUUUCCGGCUGCUGGACUUCUGGACUAUUGUCUCCAAACGAUCGCGCAUACCUUCUCUCGACGAUCCCAAAGAUGAUGAUGAUAGCGAAGAGUCGGAGAGUGAGAACGAAGAGGAGGAAGGCGGAGCGGUGGUGGACGUUGAGGCGGAAGUGACAAGUGACGACUCGUCAGAUGAAGAGAGUGAUGCUACCAGCGAGUCGUCGACAAAGCCGGGACAGAAGCGAAAGAGGCAGCUCACACCUGAUUCGUCCAGUGGAAGUUCGUCGGAGGAAGGGUCAAGUUCGGAAGGAGAAACCCUGGAGCCCGACGAAGCUGCUAGCAGCGACUCGGACAGCGACAGCGAUUCAUCCUCGUCUGAGGAGGACGAGCGUCCCUUGAAGCGCGCCAAGACUCCAAACGACAGUGUGAAGAAGGGUGAAGCGCGCAAAGCCAGUGAAAGCAGUUCAGAUUCAUCGUCCGACUCGGACAGCUCGAGUGCUUCCUCGAGUUCGAGCAGCGAGAGUGAUGCCGAGGAUUCGAGCGACAGCGACAGCAGCUCUUCCGACUCGUCAGCACCUCCUCCGAAAAAGAUCAAGAAAGCCGCAAAAGGCAAGCCACCGGUACUGAGCACUCUCAACUCGACGGACGCAACAGCCACUCGUAACGGCUCGGCCAGUUCAUCAUCCGCAACCCUUGCAGCCGAGUCCCCCGUGACAACAACAUCCAAAGAGACGGACACCUUACUCGUCGACCAAGGCAAUAAUCAGACGAAGGAGGUACCGGCGACAAAAGCGAACAUCAAGAAGUUGAAGAAGGACAACACCCCCUUCUCUCGCAUUCCCGCCGAUCAGCAAGUCGACGCGAGAUUCGCCAGCAAUGCCUACGUUUCGUACGACUACGCCGACCGUGCACACCGCGAUCUGAUCGUUACCAAGGGCAAAGGCUUCACGAAAGAGAAGAACAAGAAGAAGCGAGGCUCGUAUCGUGGCGGUGCAAUUGACACCACGCCAAAGGCGAUCAAGUUCGACGACUAGAGAUCGAUGAGAAAGAUCUCGCGAAAGUCGCGUCCAAGCUGGCCACGAGGCUGAAGUGGUGGCAUGCCUUCGAGGCGUCACACCACGAUCAAGUGACGAUCCUACAACGGAAGAUGGCCACGGUUGUAUCUCGAAGAUUUCAAAUCGGAAGCAGGAGCGCAUCGAUCAUUCCUGGAGUCCAAAACAUCACGAGCAUUUUAGGCACUUGGAUGAAGCUGCGAAAACUGAGGCUGCUGUGUGAAAUCAGGAAUGAGCUAAUGUGCUUCACCAACCUAUCUUGCCAAGCUAAUGCUCUAAGUAUGAAAAAGCCCU